AGAUAGUUAAAAAUUGAAAACAACGUAGUAAAUGACGAUGGCCAUAAUAACCCUUCAAGGACUUUUGAUCUUAGGAGUGAUUAUUGUAUAUGUCUCUGCCGAUGUCAUUGUUUGUGAAGAUAAAUUAGCAUACAUUAAAUGUUCAUAUCCGUCUAAGAUUGAAGUAUCAAGCGCAAUAUAUGGACGUACUACAGAUAGAAGCAUAUGCCCUCAUCCUGCUAUACAUACAACUGAUUGCAGAUCAUCGACUUCUGACAAUAAAGUAAAAUCAAUGUGCAAUGGUAAAAGAAUUUGUCGAGUAAAAGCUGACCAUAGACAGUUUGGUGAUCCCUGCGGAGGAACAUACAAAUAUUUAGAAGUUAAAUAUAAAUGUAUAGUAAAUGACGAUGGCAAUUAUAACCCUUCAAGGAUUUUUAAUAUAAGGAGUGAUUAUUUCUCUGCCGAUGUCAUUGUUUGUGAAGAUAAAUUAGCAUACAUUAAAUAUUCAUAUCCGUCUAAGAUUAAAGUAUCAAGCGCAAUAUUCGGACGGACCACAGAUAGAAGCAUAUGCCCUCAUCCUGCUAUACAUACAACUGAUUGCAGAUCAUCGACUUCUGACUAUAAAGUAAACGCAAUGUGCAAUGGUAAAAGAAUUUGUCGAGUAAAGGCUGACCAUAGACAGUUUGGUGAUCACUGCAGAGGAACAUACACAUACUUAGAAGUUAAAUAUAAAUGUGUUUGA